GCAGAAAGGGGAGCCGGCCGCGAGGGCCAGUUGGCAUUGGAGGCCCUGCUCGUGGCGCCUGAAAGACCGAGGAACCCUCUGAAGGAGAAGCGAAAAGUGCGGAGGAGCGGGGAAUGAGGGCGCCGCAGACGAACAAUGCUAUUUCUGAACAUGACCAGAAGGCCUCGAGGGCCGGGAGCUGUCUAGUUCUUGAUAAGUGGAGGCAAUUAUGAUAAUUAAGAAUCAAACAACUCUGAAUCUGCAGUAUUCUUAAGAUGAAUGAAUCCAGGCCUCUGCAAGGUGAAUCAUCUGUUGCUCAGCAUGAUGUCAUCAUCUCUACUUGUGAAGAUGCACCAUUUCAAAAUAUAGGACACAAGGCAAGAAUACUAAGUCCUCAAGAAGCCAAAAAAUUGGCUGAAGAUCAGAUCUCAGUAUCUGAUUUCAAGCAAGCAAAACUUGAGAAAGAGGCACAAAAGAACUGGGAUCUAUUUUACAAAAGAAACAGCAUCAACUUUUUCAAGGACAGACACUGGACAACAAGGGAAUUUGAAGAGUUAAAAACUUGCCGUGAAUUUGAAGAUCAGAAACUGACAAUUUUGGAAGCAGGCUGUGGUGUUGGGAACUGUUUAUUUCCACUUUUAGAAGAAGAUCUGAAUAUCUUUGCAUAUGCCUGUGAUUUCUCUCCUCGAGCUGUGGAAUAUGUAAAGGUGCUAAAGCCAGGUAAAUGUGUGCUGUUCAGAGAUUAUGGUCUCUACGAUCAUGCAAUGUUGAGGUUUAAGUCUGCUAGCAAGCUUGGAGAAAACUUCUAUGUAAGACAAGAUGGAACCAGAUCAUACUUUUUUGCUGCUGACUUCUUAGCAGAACUUUUCCUGUCUGAGGGAUAUGAGCAAGUGGUCAAUGAAUAUGUGCUGCGUGAAACUGUGAACAAGAAAGAAGGCCUCUGUGUACCAAGAGUUUUUCUCCAAAGCAAAUUUCAAAAGCCUCAAAAGGAAACUUGAGUUUUGCUGGUUGGGAAUUAGACUGUUGAAGUGAGUGGUUGUGUUUGGAUCUUAUGAGAAUGAGCCUAGUCUCCCACUGGGUUCAUGUACCCUUCCCAUUCCUCCUCUGGUUUAGCCGUAAGGAGGAGAUUGGAAGCUUCUGCUUCCACUUUAGAUUAACCUCAGUUUAAUGUGUCAUCCAAAAGUUAAACUGUGGGUAAUUUUCACUAUAGUUACUGGAAAUAGGUCCUCUUUGUAAACCAUGGUUUAAAGUUGACUCACUGACCAGGUUCUACAACCACCAUAGCUCAUUUAAGCCAUGGUGGGUUGUGCUGGCUGUUGGCAGCCAAUUUCUGUAUUUCAAGCCUUGGCUUAUUGUAUCAUGGGAACCUUGUGAUGGUGGAUUAUAAAGGAGUUAAACAACCCACAUAUAACCCAUAGGCUGUUUUAGGAUUACAUAUAAGUUGUUUAACCCUUACAUAAGCCAUGACAUGAUAAACUACAGAAACAUAGCAUGGCUUGAAUAUUCAAAAGGACAGGUGAUAUAUGACAGCCCACUGUGGCUUAAUCAUGGUUGACAGUAACAAUCAUUUUAACUAACUCCUUCUACUAAACGUGAUUAAAAUUAACCAGUUUUUUUCUCCAGCAGCAGUUGCUCUCAAAUAGGCAAACACUGCCAAAGCUGCCACUGUGUUGGAGAGUAGGGGAGCAGAGCAGGCUCAUUCUUGUAAUCCUAAAUUACAGUUAAAUCUGAACCAGUCCAAUACAAGAAUUUUCUUCAGCAGCGUAUUUUCUUUGUUUGCAUUAUCACAAAGACUGUUAUAGUGGAGCUGCUCUUCGUUGUUUUCUUUGCUGCAAGGAAGCCCCAAAAUAAAGGAAUGGGAUACACAGUUGAGAAGCUACCAGGAACUGCUUAGGCUUAUCUACCUUAAAGUUAAACCUACUUGAUAUAUUGUUUCAAAUAAAGUAUGUUCUGUUUUACCUCUUCAA